UGAAAAAUACCCAAAUCGCGAAUGAACAGAUCACCAAAUCGACGUACUCGUAUUUUAUCGCCAUGAAGAACUACGUGAGGUUUGAGGGCGCUUACGAAUCUUACUUUGCUAAAACAUCGAUUAGCAAAACAUUGCGGGAGCCUCGAAUCUUCCACUUAUCAUCCAUACUGAAAAUACUCUACCUACCAGCCGGUUUAUUCGCUUACGAGACGAUCAAAUCGUACUCGUUGCCGUAUUUGGUCAUCUUGUACUUACUAUUCGUCUACAAUGUUGUCGGCGUAGCUGCAGCCAUCCACGAUAAAGACGCCCAACCUCUGGAGAACUUCUACUUCAUGUCUUCAGGCACCAUCGUGCUGAUCUCUUUGACGAUCGCACGUUACCACAAAGACUACCUUUGGCAUCUAUACUGGCAGAUCAUCGAGCACCAAAAAUCGUCCGAAUUCAAUCGCCUAUCUCACACGGUGAUUCGCAGUAAAUUGAAGUACGCCGUGGCUGCCAUCGUCGUGCCUUUGAUUUUCAUCGUCGUCGUCCCUCUGUACACGAUUUUAUGCACAGAUGCCAAAACCGAAGACUUAAUGGUGCUGUUGUAUCCGAUGUGGUAUCCUUGGAGAAGGGAUACUGUGCGCAAGUACUUGUGCUCUUUGUUUAUGCAAUACGUUUCCGUAUUGUAUGGGUAUUACUUGAUGAGCUUCUUGCUGGGAUCUUUGGUGUUUGCCUGUUUAUUCAUACGAGUUCGUUUUAUACUGCUUGGUCGCAAGAUUUCCAGAAUGCAGACAGAUAGUCGCCAUUGUGAUAGUGGGAAAGAAACUGCAGCGAUGCUCGAUACGGUGUCGAAGAGUCGCGACGAUUUGCAUGAAAAUUUCGUACAAAUUGUACGCGAGCAUCAAAUUUUAAUAAGCUUCACCAAACAAACCAUAGAGUGUUUUACUUUAAUAUCGACCACUCUGGUGACUUAUUCCGUGGCGACUGCGGCUUUCCUCAUUACACUUUUUUUGAAGGUCAGUUUCAGUACUUUUAUUAUUAAAAUUAUUACUUAUCGAAUUCACUUGGCACAUGAUCGCGGAUCGAAUUAGGUUAUAAUCGCUUCCUCAUCUUUUUAAAGAGUGAUGUGAGUACUUUGUUCAAAGUAAAACUGUUCUCUACGUCGAUUGUGGGAAUGCUUUCGUUGGUAGUUUGCUCUCUAUGUGGAGAUCUUCUUUUA